GUUUCCCUUCCUCCGUGGUGCGUGCCCUUCCCCGUCGGUCCAUCUGACUGCGCCGCUAGAUGGCAGCGGCCGUCAUACAACCAACGAUACAACCAGGGUGGCACUUGGGGGUGGUGCGAGAAGCACAGGUGUUUUUGCCGUGUGAACGUACAGGGCCGCAGGAAGCAACGACCAUAUUUUUUAAAGUUCUCUUCGCCCACAAGCUGUCUACUUGCCGUCUCAUAUGUGUUGUCCGAGCAGUGCUGCGGGUCCACUCUGCGGGUUAGGUGGUCGCUGUACGUCGACCAGUCUUGCGAGAGCCUCCCAAGGCUUUGCCAAAUGGAAGCAUGGAUGCUGGAGAUGGCAGUAAUGGGAGUGACACGCAAAGGCACGUCUGUGGACUCUGCUGGACCUCAUUCAGCAGCCCCACAGAGCUCCAGCAGCACUGCCUCCGGUGCUUCUCCGAGGACAACUCUGAGACCAAGGCCUCUGAAGAGGGUCCUCCUCCCCCUCCGGAAGAAGAAACCAAAGAUGAAGAAGGUAACUGCGACAUUGAGAACAGCCCCUCUCCUAAUCUAGAUGCUGCAGAUGAGCCGGAUGAUGACAGUGCAUCAGUCAGGGAAGAUUCUCCCACCACAAGUUCCUUGCCUGAUGGCAAAACAUUGCAUUUAUGUAAGCUCUGCCCCAAAACUUUUACAAAUUAUGGCAGCUAUCGGCGACACCUACGCAUGCACUCGUGUGGACACAGGUACACAUGCGACAUAUGCGGGAAGCAGUUCUUUCGGCGAUACCUCUGGAUCAAGCACUAUGAAAAAAUUCAUAACAGCAUGAUGCAGAAUAUGUGCCAAUGCUGCACUUGUGAAGUGUGGCUGAAGAAUAGUGAUACCCUCAAAGAACAUAUUCGUACGAAGCACCGUUGCGUUCAGAGCCCUAGCAGUGACAUUUCGGAGCCAAUUAAAAAGCCUUCUGAUACUGUUGUUCUUGAUUCCGUAUCGCUGAAGCCAAUUUCAGGUGUGGCAAAGGAGACGUCAGAUGAUGGAGACGACUACGAAGGAAAGCAUGUUGGCACACCGAGGUGCCAGUGGAUGUGUAAUAUUUGCACAGACAGUUUUGUAACAAAAGCACAUCUUAUGAAACACAAGGAAGAUAAACAUGGGAGAAAGAGGUCUUGGAUGUCCAAGAGUUCUACCCCAGAUGUUGAAGUAAAACAGAAAAAGGUAUCCGAAACAACUAAAGACCUAUUCCAAAACAUGCUUUCAGAGUUCAGUUUAAAAAAGAUGCUAUCAACAGAGAGCCCUCUGGAAAAACCAAAACCAAAGAAAGAGCCAAGCUGUACGGUAGAGCUUCCCUCCACAUUCAGUCCAACAUUUGCAGGUGGUGGCCUCUGUGAUCCUACAAAAAGGGGUGUGUUCCUUUGUGAGAUCUGCAAGAAGACUUUCAUAAACCGCAGUAGUUACCUGAGACAUAAGAAAAUGCACACAGGAGUGCGACCUUAUAUCUGUGACCAGUGCUGCAUGAGCUUCUUUAGGUCUGAGUCAUUGACUACACACAAAAAGAAACAUGCUCCAAAUGAUCCUUACAAGUGCUUUGUAUGUGGUCAUGAAGACGCAACAGCUGCAGGCCUAUCUUCACACUUCAUCUCGACACAUUCAAAGCUUCCUGAAGAGUAUGACAGUAAUGCGGCAGCGCGAUCUAAGCGUGGCAGGCCAUCGAAGUAUCCAAGUCAUACAAUGAUAUGCCCUACAGAUAUCCCAAAGGCACCACCCAUGAGUCCUAGGAAUGUGGAAAACCUAGAUACCGACGCAAAUUCUGAUGACACUGUUCUAGCAAGCUUGAAUGGAGACACAGGCUCUCCUAGUGCUGCAGCGGACAAGUACACCUGUCUAGUAUGCUUCAAGUUCUUUCCUGAUGAGCAGGCCUAUUAUGAUCACCAGUGCAAUGAUGACUACCUUGCUGCUAGACACCAAAAGGACAGUUCUAGUCAAGUAGAUACAAAUGAUACAGUCAGGCUAGUUAUCAUGGCAACCUGUAAGCUAUGCCUGGAAAAGUUUUCUAGUGAGGAGGGCUUGUUUCGCCACAUGGUGACACAUAUCAGCUGCUGGUCUCGUAUUUGUGGCUACUGUGGGCAGUAUUUCAAGGAAAACAACGAGCUCACAGAACACGUGCUGUCGGAACAUUCUUCGCAGGAUGAACCAAUAAAACACUGCUUCUACUGUAGGCAAAAAUUUGAUGAAGGCAGUGCACUCAAAGGUCACGUUCUUGAAGUCCAUGACAUGAUUUUUCAUUUGGGUUCAUCUACUGCCAGUGUAGCCUGGCAAAGCAAUGGUUCAAAAAGUGCAAGAAAAAAUAACUUAACGAAAUGCAGCGAAGAAAGAGACUUUCACACAUACACUUGUCGGUGUGAAGGGUGUGGAACUCCUUUUGAAGACUUCAAGUCCUCCAUGCUGCAUUUCAGGGACAAGCAUAGUACCAUUGUUACACUGGACAACCUUACACAUGGAACUUGCACAGCAUCAACGAUCAAUGGGAAUGACUGCUGCACCAAGUGCAAUGAGGCUUCAGUUGGCAGUGCCUCUCCCUGUAACCUGUGUUCUCGUAGUUACUCUGAUGGUCCUGAAGUCCAUGCCCACCAACAAGAAAGGCAUAUGUUAGUUGACUGGUACUGCUGUGAUGCCUGUGAUGCAAGUGGGCCACAGGAUGUCAUGGAAAAGCAUGUACUAUCCCACCUCUCCAAAGUAGGAAGUCUUCUUUUACCAGAGGGCAUGUACCGUCCAUCUUUCUUGUCGGGCACAACUGAGCCCUUCUGGAAGGUGCAGGAAGCUUUCGUGGACUGGUGCAAAAAUGGAUCUUCAGGAGUGAAGAGCUUGCACGCUAAUGGAAAAGCAAGUUACACAAUGGAAAUGAGGACCAAGACACGGAGUGAGAUUUUGAUUGAAGAAGCGAAGAAGUGCACUAUACAGAAUGGGCACAUUGUACCUGCUCCUAGAAAAGAUGAGCUUUCUAAAGACCUCAUUGACUUGUUGCCAAAGAAUGGAGAGAUAACAAUGAUUCCUAUUAAGAACGAGCCAAUCUGUGACACAUCUUUUGAGUCCAGUCCUUUCUCACAACUGCGAUCUGCUCUCACAAGGAAAAUGGACGUCUUGGGUGGUGACAAGAAUGGCAACAUUCUCAAAGCACUUCUUGGAGAGAAGCGAGAGCCCUUCAUCAGCACAGACCAAUCGGAUAAUGUAAGUGAUAUUGAAACAUUCCUCCAAGCUAACUUCUCUGAGGGCCACCCUUCAACAUCCGAUACAGAUAGACCAAGGGUAGAAUGUAUGGAGCCUAGUGAUACAAGUCUGACCAAGAAGCACAGCAGUGCAACAGUGCUACUCUGGACUGCAGGUCAGGACUGCAAGCACCACUUCACCCACUAGGAAAUGACACCAAAAGCUGCACUUUGGCCUCAGCACCCACACGAGUGCAACGACUACCAAUAAGUGUUUUAUCGUUCAGACAGAUUUGGUAAGCCCAUCAAGUCUCACCAAAAGGUCUUUGAGACAUGACAAAUUCCUUGUGGGGACUGUGUUACAUUUCACUGUUCUGUGCCUAAUUUUAGUACCCAGGAUCUAGUUCACACUGUACAAAUAACUAUGUGUUCAGCAAUCGUGGCCAGUUGUGAAAUACUGUCACGCUGUUUGGGAAGGAUGUUAGUUUGCAACAACAGCUUCUUUAAUGGCACAGAUUUUGAGUAUGGCUCAGGCAGGGCUGUGGACACAUUGCAGUGCUUCAGUACUGCAACACGAGGGCCAUCUAAACCUAGGGUUUGAUACAUGACACUUUUUUAACGCUGGAUAAUUGGAUAGCGUUAUCUUCUGCAUACCCAAUAAGCAACAUAUCCAACUAGCAGUGACAAUUGGUUAUUUAUGUACUUUUCUUGUGUGCACGCAUGUGGACUUGAGUGAAAAGCUCCAGACAAAAAACAGAUUGUUUCACACCCAUUGUAAGUUAAAUCUAGGUGCACAUGUUUUACUUGUGCUACUUUUACAUUGGCUAUAUGUACAUUGUCUUUAUCAAUAUGAAUUAUUUCCAAGUGAAACUAGAAGUCACCUGCAAAAAUUCUGUCCAAUCCUCACAUUGGGUAGUUCCAAAGUAUCAGGGUCGUUAGUGACUUUCUGUAUUUCUAUUGCCAGCAAAAGGUAUUGCGCGUAGAAUACAGGGUGAUGUGAAAUGCACAUGGCAUUUAUGUUCUGACUAGAACGGAGUAAAAGGAGCUAUCAUACUUGCAGCAUGAUGGACUUGCAUGCAGGGCCAUUACAAAAUUUUGCAGGUGCCAGUGUUGUGCAUGUGUUUCAGAGCCCAUCACCAUUCCUUUGACUUACAGGUGGUCCAGAGCAAGGACAAAACUGAAACUUUUGGUACUUCUUGUUGUAAAAUUGGCAGGUAGUGCAAUGCAUGACAGUUGCUGUAGAAGGUGCACAUCCUCAUUCUAGGUUGGCCAUUCACAUACCACACCAUUUGAUUUAUUCCCUCCCCCCACCCCACCCCCAUUGUACACACAUACAAACAUAAUCACACUAUGAUAGCAUCUGCAGAAGUCUGUAAAUGCCUCAAGUGCAUCUCACUCAUAGUGCAAGCAUUGAGUUGAUGACAUGGUGCUUUCUAUUUCUCGAAGUGUGUUUGAAUGUAUCGCCUUGUACGUAAUUUCAAACUGGCUGCAGUAUACUUUGAUCUAACUUGGAAGGCUUUUGGGGCCAGUAAGUGCUGCACCACAUGCUCCUGAGAAAAACAUAUCUUUCAUUCUCUAAUGCAAGUUUGCCUUACAAGAUGUCAAGGAUAGUCUGGAACCACCCCCCAGUUAUAAGAUUAAAGUGCUGUGGGUAUGUGCGGAUGCUGCAGGCAAUAUUUGAUCCAAGAAUGCCCUAUAGAUCUGGAUUUCUCAAGGAACACACAUCAGGUAAGGUCAUAUGGACGUUACGGGACGUUCGCAGGCGCACGUUCACAAGCAUCGGGCAGGAAAGCAUGACUCGGGUAAAGGUGACUCAAGACUCUUUUGAGAAUUGCUAGAACUUCAUUAGCAAAUUUUAUCUAAUAUCUGUGACACGAAUGCAGCAUGAGGCAAAAUCCAGCAGCUGCUGACUGUGGCAUCACACACCCUUAGCAGUGCAAAUAUAUUAUAAAUAAUUGGUUGUGAUUCUAAGUAUUCUGACUAUUGUGAGGAAUCAUCAGGCAACAGCUUUUUAGUAGGUUCAACGGUAGGUGAGAGCAGUUGUCCUGUUCCGUUCCUUGUGCUGUUUGUUCGUGCUCUUACAAUUCACUAUGGACUAAUACCAACUCAUUCGACUCUCCAUGCUAGCUGGUGAGAGAGGAGAAAACCUCUCUUCACUGCAUGUGAUGCUUUGGAAUUACACAUCUCAUGGGGUGGUUGGGAGUGGGGUGCAUUUACACAUAACUGGGUGCAGCAUAUCAAGUUGCAGCAGUAGGUCCAGAGUGUCGCUUACAUUACAUUAUGUGACACAUGUUGUACUCCAUGAGAGUGUCACCUAUAUAGUAUUACUCUCCAAGGUGUAGUUAAUGAGCUGGAGCCCUGAGCGCACAGCAACCCUGAGUGACAAUCAAGGGUGCACGGGGCUUGCUAAUUUUUAGGGAUUCUCAGAAGCAUGUGACCUCUUAUACGGGUGCUGCUCAAAGUAUACUGCAGCUUCAUUGGUGGACAUUUCACCAUGCUGUCACAGACUCGGCAGUUUAGGCAUUUGCAGACCCAAUUUUCCACAAAACCAUGGAACCCCUUUUGCUGUAAAGGUGUAUUGCAAAUGAGCGUUUUCUACACCUGCUUGAGACAACCCUUGAGACAACCUGGACAAGCCUGUUAGGACUAUAAGAACACAAAGGCUUGAUUUGAAUGCACAACUUUUGAGUUGAGGUGACUGUUGAUGUGGCAGAAUGUAGCACAUGUGGUGCAGAACAUUCCACAAUCGGGGCAUGCUUGCACAAACGUUGAGAAGAUUCCAUAGUGGUGUCCUAAGUAGCUCCGGUAGUGCUUUGGACACGUGCUACAGUCCUCAACGCCACUUGUGCUUGAAGCACUGCCAAAGCUACUGAAGAAGUUGCUUAAUGUUUGUGCAAGCAGGCUCCAUUUAUCAGCUUUUAUCAUUUCAUGCCCUAUUGCUUGCCCACUUUGCAUUUAACUAAACUCAUAUGCCAUCUGGCAUGUACAGCCUGUUUCGGUGAGGAUGAAGGGUAGCAGAAGCAACAUUUCCUUACGUAAUUUUAGUUUUAGGUUGAUAUUAAUAUGGAAAGGACAGCAUGGGAAUUUCACCAUAAAUUCUACUACAAAAUACAACCCAAAAAAGAAAGAAAAAAGAAACAGGGGGCCUUAACUACAGAUAAAUCUGUUCCACACAUGUGGGUGCCUAGGUCACCUUUCUUGUGAGCACAUCUGAUGUACUCACUCACCAGUUGCCUCACAUUAUAUUUGUUGUGCAUUGCUGCACUUAGGGUGAAGUAUUCCCGGUUUCUUUUAAUUAUGCAUCAUAUUGAAGAAAAUGUGGGGUGAAUUGACUGAAUGAUGGCAGAGAAAGAUAGCUAUAUGCCUGCGUUCCACACAUAAGUACCCAGGGGUAUACAUAUUGUUAUUGCACAUCACGAAAUGACAGUUUUCGUGUGAUAGUAAUGGACUAACAGGGUCUAGUGUGUGAUAAAAGUUUUCCUGGGCUAGGUUGCUAGCAGGAAAAGUGCAUGCUUUUUACAAAACGAAACAUCAUGUACAUUGAAUAAGUGUUGCAAGAAUGUAAUAGUCUAGCUCUGUGCAUAGCUCUGGAUUUUGAAAGUGCAAUUCUGCAACAUUGUCAUUUAUGGGGACUGCUAUAAGUGAAAAUUCCGACACAUAUUAGUGAACUUUUUGAAAGCAUUUGUGUGAUUGCUGUGGUGAGCGAGGAGUUUCAAGAUGUUGUGCUUUAAUGUUGGCAGUGGUGCCAAGUACUUUUUUACAUGCUUGAGUACACCUAAUCUUUGCACUUUAACUAGGCAUUGUGAUAAGUGAAUAUAUAUGGUGUCUAGUAUGCAUGUGGUGGAUGUGGCAUCAGAUAGCAGGGUUGAAGACGGCAUCACUUCUUCAGUUCCGAAAGCACAUUGUGCACAUCUUAUGUUUUGUAUAUGCAAAGUAAUAUAUUUAUUGUUGUCUAAUAGAUCAUUUUUCACUAGCUUAUGCACACGUUUUUUGUGAUAGUUUUUCUUUGAUCAGACAGUAAUAUUUUAUGUACUCCUUUGUUCCCUUUCAAAAACAUAGCCUGUUAUUUUUCUGCAAAGGUGUAUACAAAAUUAAGUUUUUUUUAGGAAUAUGCCAAAUAUACCUUCUAUAAAUGAUUGUAGUAUGACAUAUAGUUUAAAAUUUGUACAAAACACCAUGCUGUUCAUGCACUCUGCAGGAUAAAGGGAAAAUCAUCUUCAGAUAAAGACAAGGGCUGGAAGAGUAUAGCAGUAUUAAAAACUUGGGGUUUAUUCAUUGUCUUUUUGACUUUUAAUGCUUUAUGUUGUCACAGUAAUUUAGUAACUGUUAUACUACAACAAAAUUUUUAAAUGCUACAUUGAGCAGUAAAUCUGUGACAAUCACAGGUGCAUGAGUUCUUUUUAUUCCCUACACACUUCAAGUAUCAGUCAGUAAAAUAAAAAAGCAGUAAAUGCAAUUAUCUAUUUUAAGCUCUUUUCAGUGCCACAAAAAUGCAUGGCAGUGCUGCAUAUUUUUUUUCUCUCUCUCUCUCUUUCAGCAUUUGACUGAUGUCUGAGUUGCAUAACUUGUCCACUCAGUUUGCUCCAGAGAGAGACAGAAAUUAUUUUUUUAAGAUGUGUGUAUUGGGAUCAGAGAAAGCAGUAUCACUUGCAUCAGUUGUUACAGUAAUGUGAGUUGGUCUUGAAAAGUUCUAAUAUACAAGGGUCAGUCAACAGAGCAAUUUUGGACACGGCAUUUUGUUGUGUCAUAUAAAUUUUGUAUAAUGAUUUAUUUAUUUAAUUGCUUUGGGGCACCUACUUUCUGCUGCAUUCCAUUAAAAGUUGUUCCAGGUAAAAAUACUUUCUACUAUUCACGUGUUGCAAGCUUAAUGAAAAUCUUAAGUAAAAAGUUAUAUGUAAAGCAUAGUAUUGCCUAUUUAUCUAUUUAUUACUAUAUCGUCAAAGGAUAAGCAUAUCACUAUGGGAUGAAGCCACGAAAGCUCCAAAACAUAUGUUUGCAAAGGAAUAAAGCACCAUAAUGGUCUGCUAUAACAUUGUUCUGCUUCAGAGUAUGUGCUAGUUUCUGCUUGGCCUAGUCUGGCUCCUGUCACUGUAAAGCUUUACUUCUACAAAAUGCUUUUGUAGCCCUAGUCUAUUUCAUUGUGCACUCUUGUAUUAUUUAUUUCCACAUUAAAUAUAGUUGUCUUGCCGGACAAUUAGUGCGUGGCACAUUUAGUCCGUAGCGAAUCCUCACUGAGAGAGCAGUUUUGGUGAAAGACAGAGUGUGCACCAACCUUUUCUUUUUCCUUUUUGUGUCAUAAUGGCUUUGUAUGCAAGUUAGACAUUUGCAAAAUAUGAAUGUGAAGUCACGGUUAAUCAUUUGAGUGGUGGGAUGCCAAAGUAGCAGCCUCCACUAUUUGGAUGCCUUUAUAGCUCACCCUUUCGAUUAAUUUAAAUCAGAGGUAACAUAUUCUUGCAGGCUUGCAUCUGCUCAGUGUGUUUUAUUUAUCUUAUGUAAUAUUUUGAUUGUUUUCGUUGUGCACCAGUACAAAGGAUCAUAUACAAGCUAACAGCUGCUUGUCCCUUGGGACAGUUAAAAAAAUUAUUGCACCUAAGUAAAGACCUAUGAUGACAUUCCUUCCUUACCACUCAUUCCAGAAUGGCCAGAGUGGAAGUUUCCAAACAUAGAGAGAAUUAUUAUGAGGAAUGACUUGUUAUCAGUGAUCUGCCUAGUCGUGUGGUUGGGUGCUCUUUCAGCAUAGGAGCUUUUGUCACAGUUGCUCGCUUUGCUAAAUAUUAGUCCCCGUAUUUUCAAAGUAGAGAAGCAGGGUUAGACAUGUUCAUAAAAGGAACGGUGGAAUAGUUUCUGCUUUUCACAACAGGGUUUUCUUUAAAACAGGGUGAUAGCAGCAAUUUCAUGCAUUGUGCAUUUCCUUCAAAGUGAUGUCGUUGUUUUUUAGUUGUCUUUGGUUGUUUGCUGCAUGAGUCCACAAACGAUGUUGCAUGCGUAUACAUGUUCACUCUUCUCACUACUAUCCAAUAUGUCAGAACAAUGGUGUUAUUCGAUGCACAUUGAACUUUUCUGCAUGAAGAUUUGAUCAAACCGGUUGGGAAAAUGCACAGCUGUCCCAGUUCCUGAUACAAAAUUAUGAAAGGUGAACCCACAAUUCAGUUUGUGCAAUUUAUAAAACUAGUAUGGUUAUGUAUGUCAGGGUUCACUGUUCUGUCAUACACCUUCUUUUGGGUAGGGGUGGAGCCGUUUCGUCUGAGAUAUACAUUGAAGUGAGACAGUUGAAGGGGUAGUGGACAGUUCCUAGCGUUUGGACAACAUGAGUGUGUGUACAUUUAAUGCAGUAUAAAUACAUUUACGCAUCACACGUGCACUUGAGUUGCACUUUGAGUGCUUUAUCAGACAUGGCAAAGAUAGGCUGUGGGCAACAAUCACUUUUUUAGCAAAUUGUACAGAUGUUGGACACGUGCAAAGUUUGCACUGUAUUUAGUGUUGGAUAUAUUCUAAAAGGGGUUGUAAGCCAUCAGAUGAGGAAAACAAAAUGUGUCAGAAAUGUAUAAAGAACAGUUUGUUGACCUCUUGUACAUAAAUAUUGGUCUACUCUAUGUAGGUAUGUUAGAGGUUAUGCCAUGACUGAAUGUUAAUAUGAGCCACGUCGUUUGAUUUAAAUUCUGGCAAUCAUGUAUUUACACUGUUUUGUGUAUUUAUUUAAUUCCAUUUUAUAUACGAGACAUUUUUGCAUACAGGGUACUGAAGUUUUAUCCUUUUCUGGGUGAUGUAACACUGGAAUAAUAAAAUACAACAUCUAAUAGGCUCAUAUUUUCAA